AUGUCAAAGAAUAUAGAUAUCCCUAAAGCCACCAACUACUUUGUAAUCAACUAAUCAGAUGCUGCCGUAAUUGAGUUUGUGUAUGAGCCUAAAAAGAAGAAGGUCAUCAGAGAAUAGAAAGGAGCAAAAGGAAUGAUAUAUAUGGCAAUUUCAUCGUUAGCAUAUACCUUGAUGGCAUUUCUAUUGAAAUUAUUGUACAUCAAAUCAUCUGUCUCAACUUUCGAAGUAACCUACUGGCAAUCUAUAAUGAUGGCAUUCCUUAACUUUGUUUUAUUCAAGGCUUAUACACAAGAUCACCUGAAAGUACCAAUGAACAUGCGUACGACAUUAGUGCUCAGAUCGAUAUUUGGUUUCUUUGGAAUGACAGGUUAUUAUCUAGCUUUGUAAUACACUGAUCUUUCAAAGGCUACUACUCUCUAUUGGACUAAUCCUGUAUUCACAGCUGUUUUUGCAUACUUUAUGCUUGAUGAAGUGCUAAACUUUAUAGACUGGCUAGCCAUUUUCAUUUCAUUCUUUGGAAUUCUAGUUAUUUAAAAUCCAUGGGCUUCAUAGUCUGUAGACGCAAGUGAAAAACAUGCAUCACUUUACGAUACUCUCGGUUCUCUCGCAGCUAUUGGUGGAGCUAUUAGUUUUUCAAUUUCAUAGAUGCAAACAAGAAAACUAGGAAAGAGAGUUCACUUUUUGGUACCUCCCUUCUACCAAGCAAUAUUCAGCGCGUUUGUUGCUCCUCUUAUUAUGUUCAUUAUGCUCAGAUAUAGAUAAAACGAGACCACUAAAUACGGUUGGUAUGAGUGCUACAUGCUUAUUUUGAUCAGUUUAUCUUUCUUUAUCGCUUAGGUGUUCCAGACAAAGUCCUAUCAAAAUGAUAAGGCAGGCCGUGUUGCUCCUGUUAACCAACUGCAGAUUAUAUAUAACUACGUGCUAGACUACGUUGUGCUAAGGACUCACCCAUCUUCAAGUGAAAUCAUAGGAGGUGUUUUAAUUGUGGGCAGCAAUCUUACUAUUAGUGUUCUAAGAUGUUUCAACCUUAUAAAAUGA